AUGGCAUCCUCUUCUAUGUCCCCAAGAUGGAACUACGAUGUGUUCUUGAGCUUUAGAGGUGAGGACACCCGUGAAGGCUUCACGAAUUUCCUCUACGAUGCGUUGUGCCGUCAUGGGAUCAACACUUUCCUGGACGACCAGCUUCCCAAAGGGGAAGGCAUCUCUGCAGAGCUCUCGGAGAAGAUUGAAGAAUCCAGGAUCUCCAUUGUCGUGUUCUCGGAAAACUAUACUUCUUCAGGGUGGUGCUUGGACGAGCUCGUCAAGAUUCUUGAGUGUAAAGAGACAAAGGGUCAUAUGGUCAGGCCAAUCUUUUAUAGGGUGGAUCCUUCUGAAUUGCGAAAGCAAACUGGCAAAACAGGAGAUUAUCUGGCCAAACAUGAGGACAAGUUUGGGAAAGAUUCUGAGAGGGUCAUGAAAUGGAGGAAAUCUCUUGAGGAUUUGGCUAAUAUGGCUGGGUGGCAUGGAACUUGCAGGGUUGAAUCAAAGCUCAUUCAGACAAUCGUUGAAGAAGUCUCGAGUAAAUUGAAUCGCCCCGCUUUGAAUGUUGCUACUCACCCAGUUGGCAUAGAUGACACCCUAGAUGGAAUUAAUCCAAUUCUUGGAAUUGGUCUGGACGACGUUCGGAUGAUUGGCUUCUAUGGAAUUGGAGGGAUAGGCAAAUCCACCGUUGCCAAGGCCAUUUACAAUUUGCAUGCUGAUGACUUCAAAGGUAGCAGCUUUCUGGCAAACGUGAAGGAAGUUUCCAGGCAGCAUGGCUUAGUUCAAGUACAAGAAACGCUCCUUUUCGAGCUAUUAGGAGACUCAAACAUAAAGUUGGGAAAUGCUGACAGAGGAAUAAGCUUGAUUAGCAGCAGGCUUUGCUACAAGAAGGUCCUCAUUGUUAUCGAUGAUAUCGAUCAUCUGUACCAGCUGAGGAAAUUGGCAGGGGACAAAAGUUGGUUUGGCUCGGGAAGUAGAAUCAUCAUCACCACCAGAGACAAGCAUUUGCUAGAAGCCCACGGAGUAGAACACUUUCACGAGGUCAAGAAAUUAAAUUGUAUUGACUCAUACAAGCUCUUUUGUUGGAAUGCCUUCAAAUCACCUAAUCCUCCAAAAGAGUUUGAGGACCUCACAUGUCGUUUACUUGAUUAUGCUAAAGGCCUUCCCUUGGCUCUCAUUGUUUUGGGUUCCUUCUUGUGUGGUAGGAAUGUGAGGGAAUGGGAAAGUGCAAUAGCAAGGUUGCAAAGUGUACCUAACCGAGAAUAUAAUGAAAUACUGAAGAUUAGCUAUGAUGGUCUUGAUGAUCUUGAGAAAGCUAUUUUUCUUGAUAUUGCUUGCUUUUUCAAUGGGGAUGACCGAGAUUAUGUGACGAAAGUCUUUGAUGCUUGUAAGUUCUUUCCUGAUAUUGGAAUUAGAGUUCUACUCGACAAAUCUUUGAUAAGUAUUGAGCUCAACAAGUUGUCAAUGCACGACUUACUGCAAGAGAUGGGGAGGGAAAUUGUACGCAAGGAGUCCCCGAACAAUCCUGGUGAACGCAGCCGAUUAUGGUACUCAGAAGACAUCACUGAUGUUCUGACAGAAAAUUUGGGAACAAAUAAAGUGGAAGCCAUAAAAAUAGUUUUGCCUGAAACAGAAGAGGUAUACUUGAAUGCCAAAGCCUUCAAAAGGAUGAGAAGGCUCAGAGUGCUCAUAAUUCAUAAUGCAUAUGUAUCAGGAGACUUCGACCAUCUCUCCAACAAUUUGAGAUGGGUUGAUUGGGAGGGAUAUCCCUUACCGUCUCUGCCAGCCAAUUUUCAUCCAAAGAAACUUGUAGGCCUCUUCAUGCCAAACAGCCACAUCAAGGAUUUGGGUCAAGGGUACAAGAUUUUUAAGAACUUAAAGCACAUGAGUUUUGAAGGUUCUGGAUUCCUGACAGAGAUCCCUGACUUCUCUGCUCUCCCCAAUCUUGAGUCCUUGAUUCUCACUCAUUGCACGAGUUUACUUGAGGUACAUGACUCCGUCGGCCUUCUUGACAGGCUUGUAACUUUGAACCUUGAACAUUGCUAUAAUCUAAGGAAACUUCCUACCAACCUAAAGUUGAAAUCACUCCAGACUCUUCUUCUAACCCGCUGUAGAAGACUCGAAACAUUUCCCAACAACCUCGAAAAUAUGGAAUCUUUGAAGGAACUUCGUUUGUCCAAGAUUGCGAUAAAGGAACUACCUUCUUCGAUAGGAAAUCUUGUGGGGCUAGAAGUAUUGUGUAUAUCUGGCUGCAAGAAGCUUAAAGGGCUUCCGAGUGGAAUUCAUAAGCUAUUACAUCUGAAGCAUCUUCUACUACGUAAUUGCUUCGAACUCGGUAAAUUCCUAGAUAACACUGAAGAUAAAUGGCAAGCACCAGAAACUUCUGAUCGUAUAAAUGUUUCAACAAGUUGCAUGGAGAGCGGAGAGCAUCUGGUGUCCGUUCUUCGUGAAACAAAAAGCUUUCCCUUUGGUACUUCCCUUGAUGGAAAAUCCUUGCCGGAGUUUCCUUUUCUCCAAUCUCUGGACCUUCGAAACUGCAAUCUAACAGAAGUCAACUUCCUCAUGAAUAUGUCUUGCAUUUCAACCUUGGAGGAAUUAGAGUUCUCAUGGAACAAUUUUGUCAAGCUUCCUGCAUGGAUCAGCGAACUUGCCGACUUACGGAAACUCGAGUUAAAUUUCUGCAGGCAGCUACAAGAGGUACCUAUUCUUCCACCAAGCAUUGGAAGUGUAAGUGCCAUAGACUGUGAGUCAUUAGAAGUAUUUUCACAGCUAUCAAACAUGGUCAACUCCCAUACCAAGGAUUUUCCCCAUGUCAAAUCUAUCAACCUCACCAACUGCCAGAGACUGGCUGAGAAUUUGGGUGACACUGUUGCAAACAUUCUUUUGAACCAGGAUCCCACAUUCAGCCUUACUUUGCCAGGUUGUGAGAUUCCAGAAUGGUUCAAGUAUCAAACCAAGAAUGGUUUCUUCUAUUUUCAAGUGCCUGAGCUUCUAUGUGCUGAGCUGGUUGGUUUUGCUCUAUGUGCUGUUGUUUCUGAAUCUUUUACCUGCGAGCUUCAAGGUACUAUCAACGGGGAAUUAGUAAUUAAGGGUGUGGAGAACUUCAUCUCACUGAAGUCAGAUCAUUUAUGGUUGCUGUAUUUUCCAUGUCCAGUAGUUAAGGCCUGGGAAGGUUGCAAUUACAUAGAAUUCUCCCUUGAAGAGAUAGAUGCUGUGGACUCUUCAAUAGAAAAAUUUAUAACGAGAUGCGGUCUUUUUCUGGAAUUCAAACAUGAGGAAAAAUUAAACUGGACACUGGAAAACAACAUCAUAUCAGCAACUCAUUAUCCAGAGGUAAUUUAUGAUGAAGAUAGUGAGGAAUCAAUGGGAAGUGCUGAUGAGCACACUGAGGAGACCGAUGCUGGGGGGGAAUAUGAGGAUGAUUCAGAGGACCAGCAAAGAGGAUAGCAAGGCAAAGGCAUCAUGUUAAGUAGUCUACGAUAAUACUUCAGAAUACAGUGAGGAAGGACUAGAAAAAUGUACAAACAAUGCUUCGUUGUGAAGAAGCGGAGAAAUAUUCUAUAGCAGCAACAUUCUAUUAGCUUUCUCGAUUGACUUUGUCAUCUCAGUUCCAGUAAGAACUUGUUGAGACUCGAGAUUCCAUUUGAAAAUCUUGUGUUUACUGAA